AUACAGAGAUAUACUUUAAACUUUUUAGGACAAUCUUUUUUGGUUUACUAUUUUAUAUUCCAUUAUUAUAAGCAAUAUUGUAUAUUUUUAAUUAUAUUUAAUAAGGUAAUAUGGAUCCAUUUGAAAUCGAAUUUAUAGGCGAAAAUAGAAUAGUUAGUAUAAUACCAAACUUUUCACAUGACAAAAUAUUUUUAAUUUGUGGUGAAUUUGGACCGUUUCGUGCCGGUUUGCCAAUGAAUGUUCCUCUUUGGUUAGCUGUUAUGUUAAAACAGAAGCAAAAAUGUCGAAUGGUACCACCAGAUUGGAUGGAUAUAGAGGUAUUGGAGACUAUAAAAGAAGAAGAAAAGAUAUCUAGGUUUUUCACUAAAAUGCCCCAUGAACAUUAUAUGAUAGAAGCAAAACUUAUCCUAGGGGUAGCUGCAGAGGACAUACCACGGGCCGCUGAAAUAAAAACAAUUAUAAAAGAUAUUUGGGAUAUUCGUAUGUCUAAACUGAGAACUUCUAUGGAUGCUUUGAUGAAAUCUGGUGGUUCAUAUGGUAGACUAGAUCACUUAACGAUGAUGGAAAUAAACUCUGUGAAACCGUUGCUACCUCAAGCGAUGGAUGAAUUACAUAGAAUAAAAAUGAUGACAAGACAAACAUCAUCGUCCACUCUAAAUAGUUCAACAUUCAGUCAGUCAGGAAGCUCACAAAACAAAUGAUAUUUAACAAAUCAAACCUAUUGGGCAUCAAAAAGAGGGACCACUAAAUCUCUUAAAGUCAUGAUAUUUUAAAAGGCAUGAGCAAAAUUUAAACAUUUUGCCCUAUUAUUCAAAAAUGAUAGUCAUACACAUUGUUUUAUUCAAUUAUUAAUGCCUUGUCAUAAGAUGGGAUGAGAUGUAUGAAGGAAUUUUCUGUUCACCAAAGUUCUAAUUUUUGCCAAUGGGAGGCAUUUUAAGACAUUUAGUAUACGUAUGUUAUUGCAGUUCAGUUUUGCAAAAUUUGUUAUUAAGGAGAAUGUGAUGUCAAAAAUUCUUCUCCGCUUAAAUGGAGAUUGAAAAGUAUCUAUAGAUGUUUUAGAAUUUCUUCUUGAACAUAAAUUAUGAUAUUAAUAAUCGCUAGUAUUGAUGAAAUAAUUAAAAAGUAAUAAAAUAAGCCAAACCAACUCGACGUAACUUAUCCAUUCAUUUUACUAAGACUCAAAGAACUGCUAUAGUCAUGUUUUCAUAUAUAGCUAAAUAAAUAAAUUUUAAGUCAAUUUUUGAUAUUUUUAUACUAUGGAGGAAAAUAUGUUGUCUUUGUAUGGCAUAUAUUUUGGAGCCUUUUAUCUUAGUGCAUUUGUUAGUAUAUUUCAACUUGUUUAUUGUAACUGUGAUAAUAAAUUAAUUA